AUGUCUGCUUUGAGUUCGUACUCCCAUGCCAUUGACCUUUCCAGCACCAACGAAGAGAGGCAGCCUGCCCUCGUCAACCGCGCUCUUGUCAAUCUCCGACUCGGCCGCUACAGCGCUGUUCUGACGGAUUGCAGUCAAGCAAACGAUCCAUCGACCCCAAACUCGAAGCUUCUCUAUCGCACCGCCAUGGCACAUUACGGCCUUGGAGACUUCUCCAAGUGCCGCGAUACAUUGCUUCAGCUCAUCGACGCUUUCCCCAAAGAGCCAGCUGGCGAGUCCGCGCUGGCACGGGUCGACGCCAGACUCCAUGAGCAAGCCACUGGCCAAUAUGCAUUUACUAGCAUGUAUCAGCAGGCAAAGAGCUCCGGCCCGGUCGACUGUGCUAGCUUCUAUGGGCCCGUCGAAGUACGCGAGUCACCCGGCCGCGGACGUGGGCUGUUUCUCACCAACGAUGUUUCUAUCGGAGACCUGAUCCUGUGUGAAAAGGCAUUUGCCUUUGGCCGUUCCAGUUAUCAAAUGAACGAAACUCUAUCCUUCUUCGGAAGGCGUAUUCGUUCUGUUGUUGAUACGAAAGAGAAGGUCCUUCUUGUGAGUCAGAUUCAUCAAAAGCUUCUUCACAACCCCGAGACUUCCCGACCAAUCCUCGAGCUGUUCGCCGAUUCGGGAGAUUUUGAGCGAAACAUGGCCGCGCCUGGGCCUGGCUGUGAGCCAGUGUUGGAUUCCUUCCUUGUGAACUCCAUCGUCGACUUCAACGCUGCUUUGUACCUUGCAAUGGUUCCAGGGCGCCUGAGCGAGGCCGACCACAGCGUGCCCCUGGGACCCUUUCGCCAUGGAUCUCACGAGGAGAUUCCGGCAGGCAACAGCGUCUGGCUCAAGGCCUCUUCCAUGAACCACGCCUGCUACCCCAACUGCUCUCGCGUUUUCAUCGGCGACAUGGUCAUUGUGCGUGCGGCGAGGGACCUCGCCGCCGGCACCGAGCUUUCCGUUGCGUAUUCCCCGCCCGUAAUGCUCGAGACUGCCAGCCAGGUCAAGGACAUGACGAUGGCGGCCUGGGGAUUCACCUGCACUUGCGACCUGUGCGAGGCCCGCCAGCGCGCCGCCGACCAGGCUGCCGACGGGCAGCGCACCAUCAUCAAGGACUCCACCGAAGCGAUCUCCCACAGCACGCCCCCUGCAAACUCCGAGCAUCGCAUGCGUCUCUACAGCGACAUUGUCGCCAAGUAUCCGAGCUACGCCGGCCCAAACCUAGCCCCCUGCAUCGAAGCGUGGCCGUUGGUGUGGUUCCACGAGCUCUCACUCAGGACACUCAACAAGGGCCACGAGGCCGUCAUCGACGGCAUCGCGGGGGGUCUGCGGGUUGCCGGGUUCGUGGUCUCGUAUUCGCGUGACAAGUUUGAGAUUGAAAAAUGGGGAAUGCUGCAGUCCCGGCUCCCCGAGAUCUUGGCGAGGCUGUACCAGGCGUACCGGAGAGUCAACCUGCAUGUGUGCCCCGCCAUCAAGAAGUACGCUCGCACCGCGUUUCUCGUGAUGACGGGAGAGGAUGAGACGUUUGGCCAAAUGUUUCCCACGCUUGCGAAAGAGUAG